GGGAGACAGUUUGCUGUGAUGUCACGUGCAGAGAGGAGAGAGACAGCUGUAUGCAUGCAGGAUUUCACAUAAGCACAGCAAUGGUUUAGCAGAGCACCAAGACAUCCCACCUCCACUUCUGCAUUUGGCAACAGAAGAGAAAGAAAGUGCAACAGACUACAUCACCAAGAUGUCCCUCUAAUGCUCUCCAGAACUAAACCCAUACAGCAACAGGAAAGAAGUGUAAAGUUGAGCAAGUGAAAGACAUUUUGACAGAUGCAACAUUCCAGUCGUUACAGUUAAGAGGAUUUAUUUAGGACUGCUUUGCUAGGCACCAAGUUGCCCUUUGUAUCACAAGUGCCAAGAUGCAGGGAUCAUCCGGUGAUAACACAUCAGGUUUGCCCUACGAUAUGCUGCUGGGCAAUGAUAGCUUGGCAGAUGAUAACCAGACAUUCGUCAAUGAAACAGUUCCACCGAUGAAUUUGACACGAGCCAUGCUGCUGGGCUUUACCCUUGGUGCCUUCAUAUCUGUUGCCAUUGUUGGUAACAUCAUGGUGAUUAUUUCUGUGGUCACCAACAAGCAGCUGCGAAUUCCUACCAACUACCUGAUUGUCAACCUUGCUAUAGCGGACUUAUUACUUAGCUCCACAGUAUUACCCUUUUCUGCAACCAAAGAAAUAGUUGGUUAUUGGGUAUUUGGCAGAAUAUUGUGUGAUAUCUGGGCGGCUAUGGACGUUCUGUGCUGCACUGCAUCAAUUUUCAGCUUGUGCACCAUCUCCAUUGACCGAUAUAUUGGCGUGCGGCACUCUCUUCGCUACCCUACUAUAGUGACCAGAAAAAGGGCUAUUCUCGCUCUCCUUGGUGUCUGGAUUUUUUCAACGGUUAUCUCCAUCGGGCCGCUGUUGGGAUGGAAGGAGCCAGCUCCACCUGACACAUCUGUCUGUAAAAUAACUACAGAAACGUUUUACGCAAUCUUCUCUUCUUUGGCAUCAUUCUACAUCCCUUUGAUAGUCAUUUUAGUCAUGUACUGUAGAGUCUACGUGGUGGCCAAAAGGAUAACCAAGAACCUAGAAGCAGGUGUGAUAAAAGAACAGAUGGAUUCCAAGGAGCUGACUCUCAGAAUCCACUGCAGGAACAUGCAGGACGAUUCCCCCAACAAUAGUAAUGUGAAAAAUAACCAGCCUCGCAGCUCCUUAUCCUUGAAAUUACUCAAGUUCUCUAGGGAGAAGAAAGCUGCAAAGACCUUGGGAAUCGUGGUUGGAAUGUUCAUCUUAUGUUGGCUUCCAUUCUUCACAGUCCUGCCACUCAGUUCCCUGUCUGAAUAUCUGAUACCCCCAGUUACAGUGGAGAAAAUCUUCUUUUGGCUUGGAUACUUCAACAGCUGCAUGAACCCAGUCAUUUAUCCCUGCUCCAGCAAGGAGUUCAAGCGAGCCUUCCUCCGGAUCCUAAAGUGUCAGUGGGGAAACAAAAAGCAUUCAGCAUUCCAUAGAUCUCAGUAUCGAGCUCGGCCUGGCAGUGCAGUCUCCCAUUCCAGAAAAAGUUCCAUUGAAGAAACUAGUGAAUUCAUAAAGGGCAGUCAAAGGACCAUAUUGACCAAGGCCCCAAGCCCAAGAUUCUUGAGAAAGACAAACCAACCAAAGGAAAACAGGACAUUGGAAAGGAAACAUCGAUAUCGCUCAGGUCAGCUAGAUUGUCAAGAAAGCAGUGAGCAAGACAAUUCCUGCAGUGCCUUCUCUUCCAAAGAGACUACAGAAUGUACUGAACACAGUAAUAAUGUGUAUGUCUAAGAUGGAUUAGAAGCAUCUACUGAUCUGCUUGGCCCAGAUAUGGUUUCAGCUUGCUGAUAGCAAACCUGGGAUCGACUGCUGGUUUUAAUACAUGAAGCUGUAGGAA